UGUCUCGCUUACUGUCCUCAGUUCGGUUUAGUUCUCUUUUCUCCGGAUAAAAUCAAAUUCUAUAAGCGAUCGCCAAACGAUCCCCCACUUGGUCGCCACACAAACAACGUCGCCCGAAAGCCGACGGCUGCAUCAUCAUCACCUCUCCGGAAACUCCCAGCAAGCCCCGGAUCCAAAGUGUAGCCCCCAUUCGCAAAAGAAGAAGAAGAACAACAACAAUAGUGGAGAGGUGAAACAAAGGAGACUCGCACUAAAAACAAUUAAUUUUGCAAUUUCCACAACGUCGACAAAUCAAGUGAUUGUGCAGUUCGUAUAGACCCAGGCCAGGCCACUCAGCUAUUUGCAGCGAAUCCUGCUUGGAUUUCAGGCUUUACAUAACAUCCAAGACGGCCAUUCGAAGGAGCACCGGAAAAGGAUUGCAAACUCAGGAGUCGCAGAAGGUGGAGCACUUGGAGCUGGAGCAAGGAGACAACUAAAGGAUAGUAAGGAAAUCCCCAGAUUACCCUCUACGUCCAACAUGAACAACCUGGCAGACACUGUGGUAGUUGAUCCUGGAUUCGGAGGCGGCGACAAGCAGCAGCAGGCUGGACCGGCGCCGCAGGAUGCCAGCGUGGUGGUUCCUCCGCCGGCCACCAAGCAGUCCUCGGCUCUGAAGAAGACAAGUCGGUACAGGAGCCGCUCCCUUAGUGCCUCCUCAACGGAUUCCUUCAGCUCCGCCAGCUACACGGGCAGCAGCGAGGAUGGCGACGACGUGCCGCCCAGGGAGAAGGUCCAGAAGAACUCCAAAGGCAGCUCCGACUUCUGUGUAAGGAACAUAUUCGCCCAGCAUGCAUUUGGGCGCAGGGAGAUCGAGAUUGCGGAGCAGGAGAUGCCGGGCAUCAUAGCGCUGAAGAAGCGCGCGGCCGAGGACAAGCCUCUGAAGGAUGCCAAGAUCGUGGGUUGCACACACAUCAACGCCCAGACUGCUGUGCUCAUCGAGACGCUGGUGGAACUGGGAGCCAGCGUGCGCUGGGCCGCCUGCAACAUCUACUCCACGCAGAACGAAGUGGCCGCUGCUUUGGCUGAAUCUGGCAUCCCGAUCUUUGCCUGGCGCGGCGAGACGGAGGAGGACUUCUGGUGGUGCAUCGAUCGAUGCGUGAACGCGGAGAACUGGCAGCCAAACAUGAUCCUGGACGAUGGCGGCGAUGCCACGCACUUGAUGCUGAAGAAGUACCCGACCAUGUUCAAGUUGGUCAAGGGAAUCGUGGAGGAGAGCGUCACCGGAGUGCAUCGACUCUAUCAGCUCUCUAAGGCCGGCAAGCUGACGGUGCCGGCGAUGAAUGUCAACGAUUCGGUGACGAAGACCAAGUUCGACAACCUGUACAGCUGCAAGGAAUCCAUUCUGGACAGCCUCAAGCGCUCCACGGACGUGAUGUUCGGUGGCAAGCAGGUCGUGGUCUGUGGCUACGGCGAUGUGGGCAAGGGAUGUGCUCAGGCUCUAAAGGGGCAGGGCUGCAUUGUGUACAUCACGGAGAUCGAUCCCAUUUGCGCCCUGCAGGCCAGUAUGGAUGGCUUCCGUGUGGUCAAGCUGAACGAGGUGAUCCGCAACGUGGAUAUUGUGGUGACGGCGACCGGCAACAAGAACGUGGUGGUGCGCGAGCACAUGGACAAGAUGAAGAGUGGCUGCAUCGUGUGCAACAUGGGCCACUCGAACACGGAAAUCGACGUGAAUGGCCUGCGCACACCGGACUUGACCUGGGAGAAGGUACGCUCCCAGGUGGACCACAUUAUCUGGCCGGAGGGGAAGUACAUCAUACUGCUGGCCGAAGGCAGGCUGGUCAAUCUGAGCUGCUCCAGCAUCCCCUCGUUCGCCGUGUCCAUCACCUCGGCCACCCAGGCCCUGGCCCUGAUCGAGCUUUUCAAUGCCCCGCCCGGACGCUACAAGUCGGAUGUCUACUUGCUGCCCAAGAAGAUGGACGAGUAUGUUGCCAGCCUGCACCUGCCCACCUUCGAUGCCCAUUUGACGGAGCUGAGCGACGAGCAGGCCAAGUACAUGGGACUGAACAAGGCCGGUCCUUUCAAGCCCAACUACUACCGCUACUAGGAUGCACGGCGGGCGGAUGCGGACAAUAACACCAGCAAUUAGAAGAAACAACAACGCCAACGAAAGUAUUGUCUUUGCGAAGAAGUAAAACUAUUUAAAACAAUUGUUGACACACACACACACAUACACGCGCGGAAAACACAAAAGAAUACGGAAAGGAGAACACAAAGUUACUAUUACCAUUGUAUUGCUUAGUUUAGCUCGAGCAGAAUUCUUGGUUGCUUUUCGUUAGCAUUUAAAGUCUUCGACAUAGUAUUUAGCACUCGCUUUAGCCGCAGGAGUAUUCUCUCCGUUCACCUAUCCACCAUGACUCUCUAAUCCCCAAAACUAAUCUUGCCCCAAGAAUUUAUCCCCAUCAACAUUUUUUUUAGCCGGUUACUUAAAUUUAUUUUAGAUACUUCGUACGCCUGUCGUCAAUCAGACUGCAGUAGCUCAAAAGACGCGAUUAGUUCUCUAAAUGUAUACUUCUAAUUCGGAAUUGAUAAUAUCUUUAAUGGGAAUUGACUUGUAUAAUGGUUUCUAGCAUAUUUGCAUGACAUUUCUAUAACUUUUUUGGCGUGAAAUCAAUGUACAUUUUAAUGUUAACGACUUUCCCGACUAAUCCCUUUCUUGAGCUACGACAGCUGGGCAAUAAGUGAUCGAUUUAACCUCUCGUAUUGUUUACGUGCUUAAUUUGUUAAUGUUUAUAACCCCCGCUUAUGAUUAUGAUUAUACUUUUGUACUUUCGUUUCGUCCCGAGAGCGUUGAUGGAAAUGCAGUGCAUGGUAUUCCAUUUAUUCAAUUAUAUACACGCUGGCAUAUAUAUCAGAUCGAGAAUUAUAUAUAUAUACACUGCAUAUACACCUAAUAUGUAUAUUAGAAAAAGUGAAAAAUGUUUGUAAGAAAUUUGUGAGAAACGCAAAACAAUAAAAAAAAGGGAUUCUUUAUUGAGCAAUUAGA